GCUCUCUACGAACCCUUUGGUCCAUAGAUUGAGUCAGUCUUAAGUUGAGUAAGUUAGGGGGAGAGUCUAAGUGGUGAGGAGCGGAACUGUCACUUGGUUGUGCACCUUUCACCAUGGUUGACACGCGUAGUGGCCGGAGCACCUCCCCUUACACAGCAGAACAGGAGGCGAAAACCGCCGCCCUCUUGAAAGAGAAAAGAGAGAAGGAGGCCAAGAAGAGGGCCCUGUUGGAAGAACAGGCGGCGAAAAUUAGAAAGAUUGAGGAGGAGAUGGCCAGAGAGAGGGAGAGGCUAAAGAGAUAAGAAGAAGAGAAGCUCAAGGCGGUAGAAGAGGAGGAGGAGGAAGAACAACCACUGGAAAGGCGAAGGGCAGGAGGAAGAGGUGAAUCCAGUGGCACAAAAGAAGAUCAAAUGGAGAAGAAAAUUACAGAGUGGGUUGCUGGUUUGUCCCUAGGGGAAGAAGAAGAGGCACUGAUGUAUGUGCCCAGGGAAGAACAAGAGGCGGCCAUGAGAGAGUGGGAUGCAGAAGAAGACCCACUCAAGCGGCAAGCAAUGGAGGAUGAGAAGAGGAUGGAAUGGAAGUUCCGAUUAAUGAGGGAGAGAAAAAGGAGAAUGGAGGCGGCAAGUGAGGCGGCGAAAGAAUUGGAAGAGGUGAAGAAGCAAAGAGACCAGAUGGCGACGCAGGUGGAUCUACUGGGGAAAAUGCAGAUAAUGGCAAGAAACACAGAGCGCUUGGCACAAGUCCAGGAAGAGCAAUAUUUAUUUGGUAGAGGGCAAGACAUUGCCUUACACUCUAUACGGCUGGAGCUCAGGGACUUCGCCAGGGAAUUGGUGACGCAGGUGGGCUCAGAGAAGGUCUCCCCGGAUGAGCAUGUUCUGAUAGCCAUCCAUGCCCUUCGAGACGAAGCAGCAAGCUUCGCCCGUUCCUUGUGCCGCGCCGCUAACUGCAAUGAUGAUUUAGUUGCUUAUUCUACGUUCACUCCCCUCACUGACUUCCUUGAGUUAUUGGGCGAACGAUUUGCAGACGUUACACGUAGUGUCAAGGCCUCAGACAAACUGCAAACCAUCCAUUCUCGCCAAUGGAAGAGUGUCAGGGCACUCAAAGGUGUGAUGGAUGAGUUGGUCGUCGUUCCUGACUAUGGGGUCACAGAGACCCAGUUGGCAGUUGGUCAACUCUUCUACCGCGCUAUGCCCAAGCAGUUACGCAGACAUUUCUUUGAAAAGAGUCAGCAACCUACCAUGACCUACGAUGCGCUGAGCAGGGAAGUGGUAGCAUUCAAAGCACGGUCCGCGUCAAUCUCCACUUUUUGGCAUAAGGACUUGGACAAGGGCAAAAAGUGGAAGGGUCACACCAUCUCGGGUCAAGUCAAGACCAAGGAUCGUUUGAUCCUUACGUUAGAUGAGGGUGGUGUCGACGAGGUCCCCUACGAGCAGAUUGAGUGGGGACUAGAGGAGGAGGACAGUGGCGUUAGCCAGGGGAGGACUUAUGCUGCUGUCGCGGCUGGAGGGAGGCCGCAAGGAGGAGGUAGAGGCCAGGGCCAAGGGGGUCGGGCCUCACGGGGCCGUUCUCAGGGCGAUCAGGGGGCCGUUCUCAGGGCGAUCAAGGGGUCCGCCAAGCGGGAGGAAGGGGUCAAGGUCCCCCGCAAAACCGUUCAGGGAAUAGGCGUGGCCGAUGAGCUGAAGGAGAGAAUGCCCGCCUGGGCCAAGAUGAAGGAGGGUAGAGGACAGCUAGUUUUAGUAGAUGUAGAGAUUUUCAGAGGUAGAGUAGGGGCCCUCGUAGAUAGUGGGCCCACGCGCAACUAUAUCAGUACAAAGGCGCUGCAGAAGUUGAAGGUGGGGCUAAAGGUCCAGAAGUUAGCAAACCCCAUAGUGAGUAUCCUCACAGACAAUCGCACAAUGCGAGUAGAGGAUUACGUAGAGGGAGUCCAGGCGUACUUCCGCCUAGAGAAAGAUGGGAAAGUGGAGAAAGUUCUCCAUUCCCUGACUUUCCUCAUAGAGAACAGCCUUCCCUUCGAUAUAGCCCUAGGAAUGGAUUGGGGAGAGGCAGCAGGGGCCACACUCCAUUUGAGGGAGCAUGAGUGUAGGCUCCCUAGCCCGUCAGGCGGGGUCAAGACUGCUCGUCUGUUUCAUGUGUCCGGAAUAGACAACCCCCUGGCGCAUUGCUGCCUUAGCGCUUCUGCGUUUGCAAGGUUAGUGAAGAAGGAGCAGCUAGAAGAACAGGUUUUUGUAGCCUAUGUUAGGCCAGUGACUGAGCCUAAAGAGGAGAAGCCCAAAGAUCCCGCUAUUGCCAAGCUGCUGGAAGAGUACACAAAUUUAGCUAAGCCGCCAACAGGAGUAGUUCCGCGGCCCAUCCAGCAUCGCAUUGAGAUAGAGCCUGGCAGUAGGACUCCUAAAGGAGCAGUGUAUAGGAUGUCCCCGCGGGAAUUGGAGGAGUUGCGCAAGCAAUAAGAGGAGCUCCUAGAAAAGGGUUGGAUUAGGCCCAGUUCAUCUCCACUUGGAGCACCUGUUCU